AUGAAAUUUGGUAAAACCUUUCCAAAUCAUCAGGUUCCCGAAUGGUCUCAUGAAUAUGUGAAUUAUAAAGCUCUCAAGAAGCUAAUCAAAGAAAUCGUAAAUGUCCAAGAUCGAUUGUACAAGGAAGAACAUGACAUUAAUGGAAAGGACGGUUUGAGAUCCUCCUCAUCGCCACCUAUGAAGCCCAUGGAUGCGUUCACAAGAACCAAUGAUUACCUAAAUCAUCCAGAGGUGAAGAAUUUGUUAGCAAAGUUUUUCUUUGCUUUAGAAUCUGAUAUCCAGAAAGUUGAUUCUUUCUAUAAUCAACAAUUUCUGGAAUAUGACCGGAGGUUAAGGAAAUUGUUAACUUCUGCCCAAUUCACCGAUUUCAAUCAAAUGCUAAAGUAUGAUCUACAGAAGGGCAUAAACAACAAUGGAAUACCUACAAGCUCGAAUGGAAAUCUGUACCAUCCACGCCCAACUUCUUACAACCAGCACCAAUCGUUAACACAGUAUGGAUCAUCUCUACACCAGAUGAGUAGUAAUACAGUAGAUAACCAGAUUCUGUCCCCAAGUAAAGCCGCAGAUGCUGCAGAAGAUUGGGCUGAGGUUUUAGCAAUAUUGAUAGAGCUCAGGUCCCAUUUCAGAAACUUGAAAUGGUAUGGUGAGCUAAACAAGCGUGCAUUCACUAAAAUCCUAAAGAAACUCGAUAAAAAGGUGGGAACCUCACAACAACAAACAAUUACACAAUCCAGAAUAGCACCACUUGAAUUUUCUAAUGAUACAGAAAUCAAUAGAGAUUUGCAAGUUAUAAAUGAUCUGUUGAAUAAAGUAUUCCCAAAAGUUAAGUCACUACAAAAGGAGGUAAGCAAUGCUCCCAUCGGUCCUGCUGAUGGUUCUGGUUUUGAAAACUCACCAGUUGACAUCUUCUCUCAAUUGAUUGCCAAAGAUGACGGCGAGAGUCUAAUGAACGAACUGAUAUCGAUCUACAGAUCAGCAGUUUUGAUUCCCACAAGGACUCUUGUAGGGCUUUUAAAUAAGUCUGCGCUUUCACAGUCUUUCAAAUGUAUCGAUGAAAUUAUAGCAAUUAUUCCAACUUUAGGUGAUCCGACUGACAUAUCAGGGAGAAACUUCUUUCAUCAUCACGUAAUUGCCUUAGGAAAGUCCCAUAAAUUGAUUAGAGAAAAUAACGAGAAAAUUGAUAAGGAUGAUUUGAAUGGUACUUCAAACAGUCUAAAUUCUUUAAUGACUCAAACUCUUGACAUUGAAGCUGCCCUCCCACCGGAACCAAAUGAUCGUUUAGUAGGGGCAUAUGGACCAGAUGGAAUAAACUCGAAUGAUUCACCUUCAUCUUUGAAGCAUAUUUUAAAUAAACUACCUGUCCACUUAAGACCUGCUUUGCUACAAAAAGACAACUACAAAAGAACCCCACUUCAUUAUUCCGCUCAGUACGGACUUGUGGAAGUUUCCAAAAUUCUUAUCGAAGCGUUGAUUGAAUGGGGCGCUUGGAAUCCGAAUACUCCAAUUGAUGAUAUUGCGACCUGGGGUGAUUCCGAAGGCCUUACCCCGAUUCACCUUGCCGUUAUUGGUACUCACCCAUUAACGGUCAAAGUGCUUACCAAAAACCUCGGCCCAAAUACGGUCCUAAAAACACCUAGACUUCUACACCUUGCAACAAGAUUGAAUUCUCCUGCAUUAAUUGAUGCGUUACUAAGUGUACCAGGCUUUGAUAUCAAUUAUCGUGACCCUGAUCACCUAGAAACAGCUCUAUACUUAGCUUGCAAAUUGAAUUUAAAGGAAGCUACUGAACACUUAUUGAAACGUGGAGCGGACAUGGAGAUAGGAGAAAAGCUUUUUGGUUGGACACCUAUUUUUGUCACAGCAACUGAAGGGUUUACAGACCUUGUUAAAAUUUUAAAGGAACAUGGCGCAAAGUAUGAUAUUUUAGAUGAGAGCGGUUGGUCUCCAAUGGAACACGCAGCUUUACGUGGUCAUUUGGAGAUUGCAGACUUAUUAACCAUUGAAGGGAAUGAUGCGAUCACUCAUCCAAAGUUUGUUACAGAUUGGAACGUAGAUUCUGAAGUCAAUGCUCCAGCGGAAAAAUCAGAAACUUCUUCAGGCUCAGAUUUUUACAAACAGAAAACGACUGGGUCAUCGAUAGAUAUAUUAUCUGAAGGCAAGCCUAACACUCAUCCAAGAAAACUCUUAACCCAUUCAUUGAACGGCAACAAAGGAAAUAAUUCUAAGGAGUUUUCCAUUCAAAAUCCAGAGACAGUGAAGAAGUUCGGGCAUAGUUACCUAAAACGUGACGAAUCCAUAAUAUUGAUCACCCUUGGUAGCAAUGAUACUAGGUCAAAAAAGAAGGCAGUAAGCUUAAAUAAAGUACCUGUUAGUAAAGUAUCAUCUACGGAAUUGGAUACUGCUCUAUCAUUGGUAAUAAGCUGUCCUGACUCAAUAUCAGACGAAACCUUCGUAUUAGACUUACCUUUGGAUUCAAAUUCCGACUCUAUCAGCUUCAAAGUCCCAUAUAAACCGGAUUCAUCCCAUAGAAUAUUUUUCGAUAUUGUCCCAACUUAUGGAUAUACUACUGGUAGCAGAUCAGUCUCUCCAAAUGGCACCCCAUUCCACAACAGUUCAGUAUCUUCAACAAGAGAACAUUAUAAUCAUAACGAAAGUUCGAGAUUUGAUCGUAGUCGUAAUAUCAGCCCGGCCUCAAUGUUGCAUGCGAACCCUAACUCCUCACAUAGUAACUCUCCACUCUCUUCACAACCAAGUCGCACUAUUUUAGGAAGAGCAGUGGCAUUACUAGAUUCUGCUUUAACUUCUGUUGGAAGUAAAAUGAGUUCACUCUACGAUACAGUGACUGUUCCUAUUCUUGCAGUUGAAAACCUUGAUGUGUUAGGAACAAUCAAUUUCGAAUUUAUGAAGGUGAACCCUUUCGACAAUCCACAUAUUGGGCUAGCUAGAAGUGAAAAAUACUGGAAAUCGCUAGUAUCUACUCGUGUUAUAGGUCAUCGUGGUCUUGGCAAGAAUUUCAAUACGAAAAAAUCCCUCCAACUAGGUGAAAACACGGUUGAAUCUUUUAUUGCUGCUGCUUCGUUGGGUGCUUCUUAUGUCGAAUUCGAUGUUCAGCUAACCAAGGAUCACAUUCCAGUGGUUUACCAUGACUUCCUUGUUGCCGAAUCAGGUGUUGAUAUUCCAAUGCACUCUCUAACAUUAGAGCAAUUUAUGGAUUUGAAUAACGCUGAUAAACACCAUAUUAAUUUGCCAUCGGGAAAAGGUAGAAGACGCUCUCUUGAUGACACAGAUGCUGCUAUUUUAAGACGCGCAAGGUUAUUACAACAAAGCCGUAUCUCGUCUAAUACAGAAAAAAAUGCUUCAAAAGAAACCGAAGAAGACUCCGGAAAUGAUGUUUGCAGUAACAGCAAUGUUAGUAUCGGCUCUGAAGAGAGUAUCAAAGAAGAAGAUAAUGAUGACAGAAUUGCGACUAUAUUUGAAGACAGGAUGAGACUAACAAAGACUUAUAAGAAAAAUGCAUUUAAAGGUAACUUUAGGGGUCAUUCCAUUGCUUCGAAUUUUGUAACUUUAAAGGAAUUAUUCAAAAAGAUUCCUCCAGGAGUUGGAUUCAAUAUAGAAUGCAAGUAUCCCAUGUUAGACGAAGCAGAAACAGAAGAUAUGGGAACUGUCGUUGUUGAAUUGAACCAUUGGGUGGAUACUGUUUUAAAGGUCGUUUUUGAUAAUGCUAACGGAAGAGAUAUCAUUUUUUCUUCCUUCAAUCCUAACAUGUGCGUGAUGCUUUCUCUCAAGCAACCAAGUAUCCCGAUUUUAUUUUUAACUGAAGCAGGCACCAACCAAAUGGCAGAUAUUAGAGCGACAUCAUUGCAAAAUGCAAUCCGAUUCGCAAAGAAAUGGAACCUAUUAGGGAUCGUUUCUGCUGCUCAACCAAUAGUGAAAGCUCCCAGAUUAGCGCAAGUUGUGAAAUCUAGUGGAUUGGUUUGUGUCACAUAUGGUGUAGAAAACAAUGAUCCAGAAAAUGCGAGAAUUGAAAUGGAUGCUGGUGUAGACGCUGUUAUUGUCGACAGCGUUCUAGCCGUCCGUAAAGGACUCACCAAAGCCAAUAGUGAAAAAGCUUAG